AUGUCCACCGAUCUCCAAGUCCUCAGCCACCAAACCCUAAGCUUAGCCUCGAUCCACACUCAAACCCGAGAUGAGCAAUUCUCCGAUCCGAUAGGCCGGCCAAAUCAAGUCAACGACUGCCCCAGCGGCGACGAUGAAUCUUGUCGGACGCCGAGGUCCGAGAAACAUAGGAUCCCCGCAGUCCUCUGCUGUCCUCCUGCACCGAAGAAGCCGAGAUUCUCCCACUCCUCGUGCAAGCGGAAGCUGUCUGAGCUGGAUUUCUUCGAUGUCGUGAACCACCGUAAGGUCGACGCUUUCUUUGAGCUGGCCGCUGCUGCCGCCACCGCCGCCACCGCCACCGCCACCGCCGCCAGAAUUUCCAAGAGGAGACGCCCCUUGUAG